AUGAGACGCGUAUUAGGAAAUGCUAAAGUACCUGUUCUUUCCUUAGAUCAUAAUGUCAAUGUAAAUGCUACCACUACCAAAGAUUCUUUAAAGUUCCUUCCAUUUAUAAUGUUGAUCAAUCCAAAGAAAGACACCAGCGAGUAUUGGCGGGAAACUGAAAUACUAUCGCUUGUGAAGAACAACGAUGUUAACAUAGACUAUGAGAAAUGUGAGAAAAGUCCGGAGAAAGGCUUAGUGCAUUUCCCUAGCACACGCACUGUGCGACCGAUCUGUAGAACCACUUAUGACUAUCAACUAUGUCCUCAGUGCCCGCGCUUCAAUAAUUAUACCGAAUGCGAAUUGUUCCGUGAUUCUUGUACAGAACGAAAGGUGCUACCUUCAGAAUAUCGCACGUACUGCGAUAAAAAGUAUGGCAAGUGGCGCACUAUGUUCAUACCGGCGGACUUUAAGAGCUGUCGAUGUUGCGACGAAUGCGUGUUUUAUAGAGAUUUCAGGGCCGGCUGUAAUCCAUACUGGGGUCACCCUGAACAAGAAAAAAGAGCACUUCGCUGUGAUAAGAUUUUACGACGGUUUGAUCUAGAAUCACCGUUGAUCAGUCAGGAGGUGGAUGGUGAAUGUUUUCAACGGCUUAUAGUAAAAGAUAUCAAGUUUAGCCGUCUUGAAUUAAACCAAAAGUGCGCAGAGUUUAAGAAAACAAUUCACUACGUCAAUGGGACUAAAGAGAUCGAGGUUGAAGAAGAGUUUUUAGAGCCAGGUUGUGAUGAUGGCUUGGUCUGCAGACAAGGUAUUUGUCAGGAUAUACACGCUGUCCCAGCGCCCGCUGGUAUGAGGAGAAAACGGGAUGAAGGAAUAUUAGAGGCGUAUGAGCCAUGCAAGCGAGAGUUGAAGUAUUUUAAAAAGAAAUAUGGCAAAGACGGCCAUCUUCACUACAACGCCCCUCAAUGCACUCCACUAUGGCUUUAUGCUCCAGUACAGAAGGACAUUUGUAUUAGUCGUCAUAUGUUUGUAUCACAGUGUCGAAGAUUUGUUUGCUACUGCGCUCUGGAAGAUGGUACUUUUAUUCAAGGCAUCAAAGUUCCGAGAGUUGAGGUGUCCAAUAUGAACUGCGAUUGUGUGCGUGAAAAAUGUCGGACUGGUUUGGACAUCGAGUGCGAUGGGUAUGGCAAUUAUAAGCAGGCGAUAUUCGCAUCGCACGAUUACGAGCGGCAGAGAAUCGAGAACCUUCAACAGGGACAAACGUCACCUGCUAGCGAUCUAAAACUUAAAAGAACAGGGUUUGAAGCAGCGCUGCCCACACAAUCUAUGUUA